AUGUCCUACCUUGGUUUCAGCAACAAAACGGGCAAGAUUUUGUUUCUUGGACUUGACAACGCUGGAAAGACGACGCUGCUUGGUAAACUUGCCACCGAUCAAGUCCAUGUCCACAGACCCACCUUCCAUCCGAACGUGGAAGAACUUACACUGGGUGGUAUCAAAUUGAAGACCAUCGAUAUGGGCGGACACUUGGAAGCUCGACGUCUUUGGAAGGAUUACUUCACGAAAGUUGAUGGUGUUGUUUUUAUUGUCGAUGCUGCCAACCCUGAACGCUUCCAAGAGGCAAAACAAGAGCUGGAUAUGCUGCUACAAACAGAGGAACUUUCCAGGACACCCUUUAUCAUACUUGGUAACAAAAUUGAUGUGCCGCGUGCUGUAUCAGAGGAACAUCUCAUUGCUGCUAUGGGCCUCACAGGGCUCCCCACGGGUAAGCAAAACAAAGUGACAGAUUCUGCUGUUCGCCCCCUCGAGGUCUUCAUGUGCAGCGUUGUUAAGAAGAUUGGCUACGGUGAUGCCUUCCGCUGGCUCUCCCAAUACUUGCAAAAUUCUUAG